UUUUGUUGACAGACGGCUCCCGCGAGCGGCGAAGGCGGCUCGAGAGCUGCUGAGGCGCCUUCUUCUGUUUUGGCGCGGCGGCCCCGCCCCUUCGAGGCGCGAGGACAGCCCGCUGCUCCCGCCCAGGCCUCGCGCGCCCCGGCCUGAUUGCUUGCCUGCCUUUCUCUCAUGGAGGAGAAGAAGGAGGAGGAGGAGGCUGCUGCCGAGGAGGCGGGGAUGCUGUGCGGACUGCGGGCGGGUUGGGGGCGCAGCAGAGCCGCCGCCGGCCCGGGGCAAGCACUCUGCAAAGCCAGCGGCGGAGGCUGCGAGAAGAGCGAGCCCGAGCUGGCGGCCAAAGCGGACUGGGAUGAAGGCGGCGGCGGAGGAGGAGGAGGAGGGAGAGGACUGUGGGGACAGAUAGCUUCCCGCGGAGGAGCCGCCGCAGGAGGCAGGCGUAGAGGCGGCGAAGAACUAAACGGCGGCUGCUGCUGUUGCUGCUGCGGGGAGGCGGCGUUGGCGGCGUUGGCGGAAAGCGACGGGGCGGGGGUCCCGGCCUCUAUAGUCUCCGCCGCCGCCGCCGAGUGGAGCUCUUCCUCGGCGCCCUUCGGGAUGGCGGCCCCGGCGCUCUCGGACCCGGGCUCCAACAGCGAGCGCAGCGCCGACUCCCCGCUCCCCGACGACGACGGUGGCGGCAACGGCUCGGCCCGCGCCCACGCCGCCAGCCCCGAGUGGGGCGAGGAGCGGUUCCGCGUGGACAGGAAGAAACUGGAGGCCAUGCUGCAAGCUGCUGCUGAAGGAAAAGGCAAAAGUGGAGAAGACUUUUUCCAGAAGAUUAUGGAAGAAACUAACACCCAGAUUGCUUGGCCAUCUAAACUGAAGAUCGGCGCAAAAUCAAAGAAAGAUCCCCAUAUUAAAGUGUCUGGAAAAAAAGAGAACGUUAAAGAAGCCAAAGAAAAGAUCAUGUCUGUUUUGGACACAAAAAGUAAUCGUGUCACUCUGAAGAUGGAUGUAUCUCAUACAGAACAUUCUCAUGUAAUUGGCAAAGGAGGAAAUAAUAUUAAAAAGGUGAUGGAAGAAACAGGCUGCCACAUCCAUUUUCCAGAUUCUAAUAGAAAUAACCAAGCAGAAAAAAGCAAUCAGGUGUCUAUUGCAGGACAACCGGCUGGAGUUGAGUCUGCUAGAGUUAGAAUACGGGAGCUUCUCCCUUUGGUACUGAUGUUUGAAUUACCUAUUGCUGGAAUCCUUCAACCAAUCCCUGAUCCCAGUUCUCCCACAAUUCAACACAUAUCACAGACGUAUAAUAUUUCAGUGUCAUUUAAACAGCGUUCUCGGACAUAUGGUGCUACAGUUAUCAUCAGAGGAUCUCAAAAUAAUGCUAGUGCUGUGAAGGAAGGAACGGUGAUGCUUUUGGAACACUUGGCUGGUAGCUUGGCUUCUGCGAUCCCCGUGAGCACACAACUAGAUAUAGCAGCACAACAUCAUCUCUUUAUGAUGGGUCGAAAUGGCAGCAACAUCAAGCAUAUAAUGCAAAGAACUGGUGCUCAGAUCCAUUUUCCUGACCCUAGCAAUCCACAGAAGAAAUCUACAGUCUACCUCCAGGGCACUAUUGAGUCUGUCUGUCUUGCCAGGCAGUAUCUCAUGGGCUGCCUUCCUCUUGUGCUCAUGUUUGAUAUGAAGGAAGAAAUCGAUGUAGAACCACACUUUAUAACACAAUUAAUGGAACAGCUAGAUGUCUUCAUUAGUAUUAAACCAAAGCCAAAACAGCCAAGCAAGUCUGUAAUUGUAAAAAGCGUCGAGAGAAAUGCCUUAAAUAUGUACGAGGCACGGAAAUGUCUCCUGGGCCUUGAAAGCAGUGGAGUCGCAAUGGCAACAAGCCCAUCCACCAUCUCCUGCCCAGUUGGCCUCUCCUGCCCAGGCUUGGACAUCUUAUCCUCAGCUGGACUGGGACUUACUGGACUUGGUCUCUUGGGUCCAACUGCCUUAUCUGUCAACACAUCAAGUGCUCCUAAUUCCCUCUUAAAUGCUCUAAAUAAUUCUGUUAGUCCUUUGCAAAGUCCAAGUUCUGGCACACCAAGCCCAACUCUGUGGGCAUCAUCAAUAGCCAAUACAAAUGCUACAGGAUUUUCUGCCAUUCCUCACCUGAUGAUGCCAUCAGCUGCUCAAGCUACUUUAACUAGUAUUCUUCUAUCAGGAGUGCCAAAUUACAGUCAGAGCACACCAUCUCCCCCUCCUGGUUUAACCCCAGUUGAUAUCCACAUGAAUGGCAUUCACACAGAAAACAAGAAAAACCCAACUUCAUUAAAUGGUCAUGUCAAGACCUCAGCUAUGAAGUACACUACGCUAUCUGCUGCAGCACUUGGUGAAAAUGUAUUAAGCACAAACCACAGUGAUCCAUCCAGACAGACAAAUAGCCACAAUGCUGCUGAACCAGUGACCACCAAGGCAGAUGCUAGUGAAGGUUGUAAUGAUGCCUUUGUGGAGGUAGGCAUGCCGAGAAGUCCUUCACAUUCUGCCAAUGCGAAUGAUCUCAAGCAAAUGAUGAGUUCCUCCAAACAAUCCUGUGCAAAGAGGCAAACAGUAGAACUGUUGCAAGGCACCAAAAACUCUCACUUACACACAACAGAGAGGUUGUUGUCAGAUUCUGAGUUGAGUGGUUCAGAGAACCCAGUUGCUGACAAAAAAGCACCUGGAAGUGAACGAGCAGCUGAAAGAGCAGCCGCAGCCCAACAGAAUUCGGAAAGAGCACGUCUUGCCCCACAGUCGUCAUACAUGAAUAUGCAGGCAUUUGACUAUGAACAGAAGAAGCUAUUAGCAACCAAAGCAAUGUUGAAAAAGCCAGUUGUCACAGAGGUCAGAACACCCACGAACACAUGGAGUGGACUUGGAUUCUCCAAAUCCAUGCCAGCUGAAACUAUUAAGGAAUUAAGGAGAGCAAACCAUGUAUCAUACAAACCAUCUAUGUCAACCACUUAUGAGGGUUCCUCAAUUUCUCUCUCAAGAUCCAACAGCCGGGAACACCUAGGAAAUGGUAGCGACUCUGAUAACUGGCGAGAUCAUAAUGGCAUUGGUCCCACAGCUCCUGGUGACUUUGUUUCAUCUAUUGGCAGCCCUAAGCGGAAGCAAAAAUCAGCUGAACAUUAUCUCAGCAGCAGCAAUUACAUGGACUGCAUCUCCUCGCUGACAGGAAGUAAUGGAUGUAACUUGAACAGUCUAUUUAAGGGAUCUGACCUGCCUGAGCUGUUCAGCAAACUGGGUUUGGGCAAAUACACAGACAUAUUCCAGCAACAAGAGAUUGAUCUGCAGACCUUCCUCACACUCACAGAUCAGGAUCUGAAAGAGCUAGGAAUCACUACUUUUGGUGCACGAAGGAAAAUGCUACUUGCAAUCUCAGAACUGAAUAAAAACCGGAGAAAACUGUUUGACCCCUCCAAUAUCCGUGCUUCAUUUCUAGAAGGCGGCGCUAGUGGAAGGUUGCCACGUCAGUAUCAUUCAGACAUUGCGAGUGUGAGUGGCCGCUGGUAGCAGCCAGUGGAGGCUCUCACAGUUGACUGCACAAAGUGGUAUGGCAAUCCUGUGGACGGCCAUCACUGCACACCACCCUCUGCACUUUGGGAGUUUAGGUAACAAGGACCAAAGCCUUCUUUUCUGCACAAAAACAUGUGCCAAAAAGAGAGAGAGAGAGAGAACAAUUGUCUGUCUUUCCAAACACCAAAUGUGGAUUAUGUUUUACUCAUGUAGAUUGGAUUGAAUUUGCAAGAAUAAUAUAGGGUUCUUUAUUUAGUAUUUUAUUACUUAUAAUAACUAUAUUGUAUGCACUGAAUUUUUUUUUACUUCUUUGAAUGGAGAAUGAAGGGCUGGGAUGCCAGAGGGUAUGUGGUUUUAUCAAGAAGGUAUUUCUGGUACUGCUUAAUAAUUAAUUAAGGUCUUUCUGCACUUUACGUGUUCUGAUUGCUUGUCCUGUGGAAAUUAUAUUGUUUUUCUCUGAAUUCCACAGGGGGGGAAAUGUCAUAUUGGCACUAAUCAACAUUUGCCAGGUUUGUUCCCACAUGAGAUUAAAAAUCUUUGUAUAAAGGGUACUAGCAAAUCAAAUUUUGAUCAUUAUUAUUUUUUACUUUAACUUUGGAGAAGUCUUUCACAAUCAGGUCUCUUGGUAUUGGACUCAAACCCCUUUUCACUUUUGGGAGGCAGUCUAAGAUAUUCUUGAAAUUAAGUUCGUGCACUGUAAAAGAUGCAAUGAAAGACCAAACAGGCAUUAUUGCCACUAGUUAACCCUAUUUGGCUGCUGCCUGUAAUGCUAAAUCUGAUUUUAAUGGUUGUCUGAAAGCAAAGGACUAUUUUAGUAUAAACUGCCACUAAAGGACACUUUAUUUAUAGCAAACAUCUUUUUUUUAGAAUCUGUACACUUACAGUGCAUAAGAGUAAACUGAUCUACUAAAAGGUUUAGAGAAUGGAAGGCAAUUCAACUUACUGGACCUCUGGGCCAUUGCUUUGUUUAAACAAAGCAUUAAUUUCAUUUGACAAGACAGCACUGUUGCAUUUAUUUCAAAAAGGACAUUGCUUACAUGGCUCUUCAUUAAUUCAUCCACAUAGAACAACAGAACUCAAAUAGCUGCAAUUCCAUCUCUCUUUGUGGUUGGUAUAAGUUUGCGAUUGUCAGCUAUAAACUUUGUGAGAUGAGCUAUUUCCAAAAAUCUGUAUUGACUAUCAUCAGAAAGAAUCCAUGUUGUGCAUGGAUAGAGUUAGCAGUUGUGUUCUUAUACUGUGAAAGGUCAAGAAAUCUGGUUAUACUAUUUCUCUCUUUUUGCAAAUAACUAGAUAUAAAUUUAUGAAGUGAAGGACAGCAUGAAGUGCCCGUCUGUGAUGUAAUAUGAUGUUUUCCAAACAUGAAUUUAUCAGAAGGAGAAAAAUAUUCCCAUAGCAAAUAUUGUGAAUUACCUGUACUGUAAUUUCUUAUUUAUGUACAAUGUACAAACCCUUUAAGGUGGAUGUAAACCACUCUUAAUGAAGGCAUUAGAUUUAACCAAUUACCAUAGUUCUUUUUUAUAUAUGCAAAACUGGGGUGAGAAAUAAGUUUUGACACUUUCUGUGGAUAAUUCUUUUCUGUGGUGAAGAAAAAUACACACAAAGGGAAUUUUUAAAAGGUGAAAGCAUAGACAUAGUGAUAGCUGACAUGUCAAUGUUGGUUUCAACUAUUUCAGUGAUGGCUUUACAGUUAAACAACCUCUUUCUGCUACUGAAAUAGCCACUGAUCUGUCUCUUGUGUCUGAAAAGGCCUGGGACAGGUUGAUACUUUUAGGACUGCAUUAUCCUUUUCUGUGUUACCAAAUCAUGCAUUAUACUGAGAAACAAGUAAUUCUUGUAUUUGAGAAAUUGCAAGUGCUUCUGUUCAUAUCCUAUGGAGGUCCUGAUCUUUAAAACACUAAUUUUUUAAUCAUUAAUUCUCUUUUUUGGUACGAAUCUCUUUGUGUGUGUACAAAUAAGCACUUACGUUAGCAGAUCAAGACCCCAAUUUGCCUAUGUAAAUUAUUCUACCAAAAUAGGAAACUAUUUUGGUUUAAUCUGUGCCAAAUUCUAUUCAGCUGAGGAUGAUGAGCACUUGCAGUCUUUCAGUUUACAUUGGGCCCCCACCACAUCCCAACGGGUAUUCUUCUCCCACAGAACUGUGUGUGUUGUUAUUUUUUGGUUUAUACUUAAAUGCCAUGUGUUAUGACAGUAUUAUGCCUGCAAGAUGCAAUCACGCUACUGUCAUCUAUGCUGAAAUGAAGAAUUUCCCAGAUAUAAAAAUAAAGAUAGGGGUUGCACAUACACAAACACAAACUCCACACUGGAAAAAGAACAACUUUCUCACUCCUUUUGAUUCCACAAAAGGGAAUAUGACAAUACGAUAUUGGUGUUGUCAGUGUUGUAUUAUGCACAAAUAAUAUGAAACGUUUGUUUUAAAAUUUUGUGCCUUUAUAGUGACCAGUUAUCUGUAAAUAUAGAGCAGAUACAGAUUGUAUUUUUGGGAGGGAAGGGGUCCAUUUUAGUGAUUUUUAUAAAUAAAUAAAUGAAUGAAUGAAAGAUGGAAUUAAACGUUUAAAAAUGGGAAGUCUCCAAACUAAUCAAAUGUUACAUGGAAAGAAUAAAUUUAUAUAACCUGUUUGUUACACUGCCUAUUAAA